AAUAUUCGGCGGUUGAACAGCUGCGUACUGAAUUGGUGAGAACGUCCGAGAAACAACAGAAUGAAUACUUCUGGUAAACACAGUGAUGAGGGUGUCUUUAAAACCCCUAAAACCAUCCGAGUGAAGAGCUCUGGAAACAACGGUGGGACCCCCAUCACCAUCCCAUCUUCCCCUUUCAUGAAGAAGCUGGGCUGUGGAACUGGUGUGAACGUUUACCUCAUGGACAGAGUGGGAAAACUCAAUGCAUCUCCAUGGGCUGUGAAGAAGAUCAACAGUAAAUGUGCAGCAAAACAGAAGGCGGUUUACCAGAAACGCCUGAGCCAGGAGGCAAAGGUCCUGAAGGGAAUCAUCCACCCAAACAUUGUUGGGUUUCGUGCCGUAGCCACAGCCACCGAUGGAUCCAAGUGUUUGGCCAUGGAGUACGGAGGAGAGCAGUCGCUCAAUGACCUGAUUGAGAAGAGGAAGGAGGAAGGUCUCAAAGCUUUUCCUGCUGCCAACAUUGAACAAGUGGCUCUACACGUGGCUCGUGGCCUGAAGUAUCUUCACAAUGAGAAGAAGCUGCUUCACGGUGACAUGAAGUCCUGCAACGUGGUCAUUAAAGGGGAUUUUGAGACGGUGAAGAUCUGUGAUGUCGGCGUGUCUCUGCCACUGGACGAGAACAUGAAAGUGUCGGAUCCGAAGGCGGAGUACAUCGGUACUGAGCCGUGGAACUCAAUGGAGGCUAUGGUGGGAGGGGAGAUCACAGACAAGGCGGACAUCUUCUCCUAUGGUCUGACUCUGUGGGAGAUGAUGACUCUGGCCAUGCCUCAUCUGGAGACACUGGACCAAGACGAUGAUCAGGAGGAUGAAGGGGACUCCUUUGAGGAGAGCUUUGAUGAAGAUGCCUACUACGAGCGUUUGGGGACGAGGCCGCCACUGGACACAGAGGCCCUGGGCCGCUCGUACCGGAGGAUGGUGGAGCUGUUCUACCUGUGCACCGAGGAGGACCCCAAGAAAAGACCCUCAGCUGCUCAGAUUGUCCAGGCUUUAGAGAGCAACGCCCCACUGGAGAAAACGCCCACUGAGGUGAUUGUCAUCGACUGAUUUAUGGAUUUUGUGGACUUUAAUGCACUGUCUAGUAUUUAAAAAAAUAGUUACAAGUAAUAGAAAUACUGUAAUGAACCAACUGAUCUUUAACUCUAUACAUUUAGUAGCACUUUCCCAUCUUUCAUCUGUUUGUUUCCUUCCUUAUUUCACUGUAAAUGUUUAUAUGUAUUUGUUACUGUAGCCCUAAAUUUUAAAAAGUUUCUUGGCCAAAUUUAUGCUGCUUUUGUUUCUGUUCAGUUGGUUGAAGAACAUACAUUCUAAUGCUAAAAGGUCAAUUAAUCCAACAUGCAAGAAAGUACAAGUAUGUAAAUGUAGAGCAACGCAAUCACUGAGAAGUAUCAGAAAUCAACAAUGUCUAGAUUUUGAAAACGUUUAUUAAAUCCAUUUACAGAAGUAGAUGAACCUGCAGCAUCCACAUUUUAAC